AUGGAAUUCUUCAGUUCAACUACUUUUGUUGAGGGCUGGGAGCGGCCUGAGGACUACAUGGCCGUCGAUGAGCAAGCGCUGGGACUACCUGUUCCAGAGGAAGUUAAGCGUUCCCCAUCGUUCCCUGACGCAAAGAUUGAGGACUCUGAGCCUGAGCGAGAGGCUCAACGCCAGAAGAGAGUCCGAGAGGAGGACCGAAUCCGGCGUGAGGCAGAACUUUUGAACGACGAGCCACCACGACAUCGUCAAAGGCGCCAGCCUAAGUGCUAG